UACAGGCAAUUAAGGGUUGGACCUGGACACCCAGCUGAGUCACACCGCCUGGCCCUCCCAGAGCUCCUUUGUCCCGGAUCUGGUCCUGCAUAAUCAAACAAAUAUAACCAAAGCGCAGAUAACCGGGACAAUGCGGCUGUGUGCUCCGGAGUGUGGGAGCCCCGGGCCGCCGCGCAGAAGCGGGGGAGGAAGCCACAGGACUGGGCAGUGCAGGGGGCGCAGAGAAGACAUUGCAAGAAAUUUGAGUGGGACAGAAAGGUUUCUGGGGCAAGGGAGGCCGCUGCGGUAGUUGUGAACUGAGGGAAGCAGAAGCUGGGCUGGGGUCCCCGCGGUGGGAGCCAAGUCGGAUCAGGGCGUGGCUUGUAACUCGGAGGACGAUUGGGCACCAGGGAUAGGGCGGGGUGGGACUGAGUGGGUUGGGGGUCUGGAGCAGUGAAUCGGAGCUAGAGGCCACCCUCAGCUGCGCCCGAGCAGUGUAGGGUCACGGAAGGAAUUAUCCGGCAGCCAAGUGAGUCAUCCCUGAAGACUCGAAACUGCGGGCGCGUGAGGUGUGCAGGGACUGGGGUGGGAGUCCCGAGCCGGAACUAAAGAGGGGCGACCACUGGGCUGCAAAGCGAGGAGGAAACGGCGGGACUGCAGUUCCGGGCGACCCCACUUCCGACGCGGUCGCUGAGGCGGAGCUUCCCCAGGUGGCGGGGGCGCGGUAGGGCUCCCCCAGGUGGCAGGGGCGGGGCACCACGGCCUGGGUGGAGGCGGGGGCGGGGCGGCUGAACCCCUCCUCUCGCGCCUUCUUGCUCGCGGGCUCCUGCACACCCGAAAGCUCCUCCGCUCCCGCCGCGGUUGCGGGGCCAUGGACUUCAGGCCCGCUGCGAUCCCCCAGGAGCCCGCCCCGUCUGCAGCUUGAAGGGAGGUAGGUCCAGAUGGUCACCAUGGGCCAGUGCUACUACAAUGAGACCAUCGGCUUUUUCUACAACAACAGUGGCAAAGAGCUCAGCUCUUAUUGGCGGCCCAAGGAUGUGGUGGUGGUGGCACUGGGGCUGACUGUCAGUGUGCUGGUGCUACUGACUAACUUGCUGGUUAUUGCAGCCAUUGCCUCCAACCGCCGCUUCCACCAGCCCAUUUACUACCUGCUUGGCAACCUGGCUGCAGCAGACCUGUUUGCUGGUGUGGCUUACCUCUUCCUCAUGUUCCACACGGGCCCACGCACGGCCCGGCUCUCGCUCAAGGGCUGGUUCCUGCGACAAGGCCUGCUGGACACAAGCCUGACAGCAUCAGUGGCCACACUGUUGGCCAUUGCCGUGGAGCGGCACCGCAGUGUGAUGGCUGUGCAGCUGCACAGCCGCCUGCCGCGUGGCCGGGUUGUCAUGCUCAUUGUGGUUGUGUGGGUUGCCGCACUGGGCCUAGGGCUGCUGCCUGCCCACUCCUGGCACUGCCUGUGUGCCCUGGACCGCUGUUCACGCAUGGCUCCCCUGCUCAGCCGCUCCUACCUAGCUGUGUGGGCCCUAUCCAGCCUGCUUGUCUUCCUGCUCAUGGUAGCUGUCUACACCCGCAUUUUCUUCUACGUGCGUAGGCGAGUGCAGCGCAUGGCGGAGCAUGUCAGCUGCCACCCCCGUUACCGAGAGACCACACUCAGCCUGGUCAAGACUGUUGUCAUCAUCCUUGGGGCAUUUGUGGUCUGCUGGACACCCGGCCAGGUGGUGCUGCUCCUGGAUGGUCUGGACUGCAAGUCCUGCAAUGUCCUGGCUGUGGAGAAGUAUUUCCUGCUCUUGGCUGAGUCCAAUUCACUGGUCAAUGCCGCAGUAUACUCAUGCCGAGAUGCUGAGAUGCGCCGCACCUUCCGUCGCCUCCUCUGCUGUAUGUGCCUUCGCCGGUCCUCCCACAAGUCUGCCCACUAUACAUCAUCUGCCCGGACAGGUGCCAGCACCCGCAUCAUGCUUCCUGAGAAUGGUCACUCUCUGAUGGACUCCACUCUUUAGCUACCUUGGACAGGAUGCAGCUCUUUGACAACUCAUGGAUACACCUGGCUUGUCCCAACCAGCAGGACAGACUUAAAAGACAGACCCAUGGUCUGGCAUAGCACAGCAGCACUCCCCAGGCACACAACUCUGCAUGCUCCAGGGUACUGGGAAUUGGGGACAUCUCCAAGCACCUGGGAGGACUCAGAUGGUGUCUGGGAAUCUGGCUCUUCAAUCAUCUCAGGUUUUAGCAUUUUUUAACAGAACAUUUUUGUACUUUUAUGCACAUUCCUGGUAAACCCUAUGGACUGGUUUCUCCUAUAUGGUGCUGUGAGUGGGAAAAGUAGAAGAGAUGAACGCCCUCCAAGGUCAUGCUGCCCAGUGUGACAGGAUAACAGGGAUGGACUGUGGACACAAUAUCUUUCUGAGGCUAAUUUUUAGCAGCACAGCCUGAGGGGUGCUGAGCAUAAACUGGGAAAGGCUUGUGGACCUUUGCAGAGGCUGGCCUAUCUCCAUUAGUAUUGAGGGGAUCCAGGAUCUACAGGGAGGACAUGAAUCAGGGAGUAAACCAUUCCACUCUAAGGUC